AUGAACGGAAGAGCCCCUGAUGGGAACAACCUUCCUUCCGCACUCCAUGCUAGGACCGAAGAUGACCCUGCGGGUUUCUCAACCUGCCACGUUCAAGAGCUGAAGACUAAGAUUCGAGUGAUGAGGCUCAGAGCCGACAACGUCCAACAGGUUUUAGGGGUUCCGUCGCACCAGUUCUACGAUGUUCUCCCCAAGGUCUUCGAGCAACUUGUCGAUCCUGAGCUGGACGAGAUGGCUCUUUACCAUUUCACUGUCGCCAUCCGUGAUUACAUGUCGAACGACGAGCGUCCCGAAGGCCAUAUGGGGUUUGACUCGUUCGAAGAGGCUGCAUUCGAGGGCGGGAUCGUCAAGACGAUGAUGGAGAUCACGCAAGACCCGCGCACGGACAAAUGGCAUGGGCUUUCUGCGUAUUUUGCGCUGGACUCGAUGUGGCACUUGAUGAGGACAGGGCGGUCAGAUCAACGUCGGGAGCUGCUGAAGCAGUUGUUAGAACACAAGGCUCUAGAAAUCUGUCUCGAUAAAGUUCAAAACCACCCUUUGAUCAUCCAUCGCCAAUGCGCCGUCAACCUCCUGCGCAGCUUCGCCUCCGAGAGCUUCCUCGGCGAGCUAAUCACGCGCUCCCAGACCUCAGACGUCAUGGUCCGUAUGUGCGAGUGGAUCCUCGCUGGGCACUCCCUCGGCGCGCAGCAGAUGGGCGACCCGUCGACCACCUGGCAAAGCUUUUUGUGCUUUGGCAAAUUCGGUGCCCCAAGGGAGAAGGCGGCGAGGUACGCCCCACGGUACUACGCCAUGUCCCAGGAGAACGCGGCGUGGACGGUCCAAGGGCUCGUCCUGCGCGUGCCCCCGCCAAAUCAGGGGUUCUGCUACGAGGUGCUGAAGCAUAACCCGGCACUUAUUGACCUGCUGUUCCGGGCAGCGGCAGUUCCUCGCCCAGCGUGGUACCCCGAGUCUGCGGUCGACUCGAUCCUUUGCGAGGCUAUUACGAUGUUGUUCCGCCUACCCCAGCUCGUCAUUCCGGGAGUUAUUGCGCACGAUUAUGAGACAUCGGUCAAGAAGGUCGGAGAGGACGAGUGGAAGGGACUGCUUGAUAGCUUGAACUUGCUUACAUCGCGCCCUAAUUGGAUCCAGCUGAUAGCCAACGUUUGGGAGAUGAUUGAAGACGAGAGGUGGCAGAGUCUUAAACAGAUGGUGGCACGAGUCAAGCAGGACUACCACGCGCAAGCUGAUGUUAGUCGCGAAACGCUCUUGCAGAUAUUCGAAUAUCGAGGCUCAUGCCGUAUCUGCAUGCUCAGACUUAUCGCAACUAUCACUCAUCUUCCUAAUUGCGGCCUUUCUGAAGGCGAUCUUCUGAUGCUUCUCCGCAUCAGUAACGCAGCGGUCCGGCCAGUGAAGAAAAUGCAUCAGAUUUCCUCAGAAGCAGACACAUAUACUUAUAUCGAAAAUGCUCUCGAGCUCUUCCGCAAGCCGCUCUAUUCGGUGUUUACACAAGAUGAAGUCGAGCCACCUCUUCAGGUUGCAGACGAGCCCGUCCUUGGACCCACAGCUCAUACACGCCUUUUGACACUGCUUGCUGAGCGGAACGCCCUUCAGAAAAUCUCCAAGCUCGCGAAGCCGCCGAAAGGCGUUUAUUCGCGCGCAACGUUGGCUGAAUUCAAAUGCAUGACAAGCCCAGAAGGCAUACAACAGUUUCUCGCGACAGCAACAAAGCGCGUCACUGCACGACGAGAGGAAGGCCACAAGCGUUUCCGCGAGAAGCAGGAGAUGGACUAUGCGUGCAUCGCGUACUUCACCGCGGCUGAGCUGGCUGCUGCCUUGGUCGCGUUCGACCGCGCCACCGACGGGUUGUACAGGAACAACGUCGCGGGCAUGCGCCGAGAGGUCGUCCUUUGCCUUGGGAAUGCUGCGGAGAUGGCUCUGUUGUUGAAGCAAUUCCAGCGCGCAUUAUAUCUUGCAACCGGCGCAGUUGAAGCAGCUGAGCGACUGCCCUCUUCGGGAGGUCCCGAUUCGAUUGAUAAAUCGAUCACGGAAAAGAACCAAAGAAGGGUGGAACGAGCACGAGCUGGACUGUCCUAG